AUGUUGAAGAACCAGGUGGCCGGGCUCAAGGACGGCGCGCAUCUCCUCGUCAUUGAGGGUAUCAUGCCGCAGCUGCCCAUCGUCCGGGGCACCACACUCGACGAGAGAUAUGUCUGGUUUGAGGACCUGUUUGUGAUGACAGUACAAGGCAGUUAUGAACGCACGAAGGAACGUUACGUCGAGCUUUCCAGAGAGGCUGACCCUAGACUCGAGUUUGUGGCGCAAACUGGCGGCCAGGACGGUGCAUUCCAAUCAAUAUUGGACUUUGUUUUUAAAGCCUAA